CAUAUUUAGUUAGUCUACCCUUUAGCCUAACGAAGAAACACACUUUCUACUGUCUUUCCAAAAUUAUUAGGAACAACUUGAUCAACAAUUUUACCUAUUCUUUUUUCUCCACUAAAGAGCUGUCCACAGAAGGGGCAGACUAAUCCGAAAACCCGAGACCGUAUAACCAAAGAUGGCAUCCAUACGCAUGAUGAACGCCUUUGCCCGCAAUCGCAGCCUUUACAGAGUCCAGGGCAGCUUUAAAACAUAUGACUUUCUCGAGGGACUGCUUUUAAAAAACACACUUCAGGCGCAUAAUUUCCAAGUCUUGAGGGGACUAGCAGGAAUAACUGACAAGUGCGACAGCAAGACUGUGAUCAAGGGCGUGGUGGUGGGAGUGUACUCCAAGGAGGGAGACGGAAAGGAAGUCAAGAUGACCUCCAGCGGCGAGAAGUUUGACGACCGGACGCAGGGCAAAGUCUCGGAGUUGCUGCGCGAAACCGGCAUCAAGGGGGACUUGGGAAAGGGUAAGGUCUUUAUGAACGUGGAUGCUGAAUUCCGGGCAGUUUCCGUGGUGGGUUUGGGCCAGGAGGGCGCCGGCUUUAAUGACCUGGAGAAUAUCGAUGAGGGGAUGGAAAACGCCCGCGUUGCCGCUGGCGUGGGAGCUCGGGCCCUGCAGCUCCAGGGAUGUACGGAGGUCUUUGUGGACUCCAUGGAGUAUCCGGAACAGGCAGCAGAGGGCAGUGCCCUGGCCAUCUGGCGGUACAACAGCAACAAGCGCAAGCAGGAUCGCACUCAAGUACCCAAACUGGACCUCUACGAUUCACCGGAUGUGGAUGCCUGGACAAGGGGUCUGUUUAAGGCUGAAUCACAGAACUUGGCCAGGAGAUUGAGCGAUGCCCCCGCGAAUCAGAUGACCCCCACCAUAUUCGCGCAAUCCGCGGUGGAUGCGCUAUGUCCUUGUGGCGUAUCCGUGGAGGUGCGAUCCAUGGAUUGGAUAGAAACGAAUAACCUCAACUCGUUUUUGAUGGUGGCCAAGGGAAGCUGCGAGCCCCCGGUUGUUCUGGAGGUCAGCUACUGCGGCACUGCGCCGGAGGACAGGCCCAUUCUGCUAUUGGGCAAGGGCUUGACAUACAAUAGUGGAGGACUGUGCCUGCGACCCAAGGAUUGUCUGCACAUGUACCGGGGUUGCAUGGCCGGAGCAGCGGUUUGCGUGGCCGCCGUACGAGCAGCAGCCGCUCUCUCUUUGCCCGUUAACAUCUCAGCCGUUCUGCCGCUCUGCGAGAACAUGCCCUCAGGAAUGGCCGUAAAACCGGGCGAUGUGGUCACCCUACUGAAUGGCAAGACACUGGGAAUCGUAGAUGUGAGCAAGGCAGGAACGGUUGUGAUGGCAGAUCCCCUGCUCUUUGCCCAGACCACAUAUAAGCCUCGUCUGGUGGUUGACCUGGCAACUGUGGGAUACGGCGUCUGUGCUGGGCUUGGAGAAUCCGCUGCCGGAAUGUUCACCAACUCUAAUUUCAUAGCCAAGCAGUUUGAGAAGGCAGGUGGCCUCACUGGAGAUCGGCUGUGGCGGUUGCCCCUCUGGCGCUACUUCAAGCAGCUGGUGACCCCCAAUCUUACCUUUGACAUCAGCAACAGGGGGAUUGGACCCGCCUCCAGCUGCAUUGCUGCCGCCGUGCUGCACGAACUGGUGCCCUGCGCGGAUUGGGCUCAUUUAGACAUCCGGAACGUGGGUAUGCUAACGCGCCACAAUCCUCAGCCAUAUCUGCUCAAGGAUCGGAUGACCGGCAGACCCACCCGCACCAUCGUUCAGUUCCUAUACCAGAUGGCCUGUCCCGACAGCAAGUGAUCCGCCAGCUGGGGUCUCCGGAUCUGGAUCGUCCGCACCUAGGUCGCUACCUUCCCCGUUGCAUUUCGUUGCAUUUCACUUUUGGUUGGGCUCGUUUUGGUUUUGCUAUUUUCUCUUUUCUUUACCAUGUCCAUAACCUGUCCAAAUUUAUUGUUUAGUGUUGCGUUUGCAGGGUUUUACGGACAAAGGAAAGGGAAAUUUUACUGACAUUGACUAUCUUCUAUUUUGCGUCUCCCAGCUGCACAGAAUUAAAGUGUUUAAAAAUGGAA